UUUUAAUAUUUUGUCAUUUACCAUCUAAGAUGUUUUGGAAAAAGAAAGAUAAAAGUGAAGCUUCAAAGAAUCCUUUUGAAACUGAUAGUCCAUCUAACACAGCGGCAUCCACUUAUUCACCAGCCCCGGCAUAUACUUCACAACCACAACAAGACUACUCUUCUGCUAAUGGUCGUUAUGGUCGUUACAAUGAUGCGGACGAAAAUAAUCAAAGAAAUGCUCUUUUCGAUGGUAGAAACAACUAUGAGAAUAGUACAAACAGACAAGUUAGGUAUGGCUCAAAAGAAACUGACAGUUUCGGUAGAAGUAACCUAUUCGGUAAUGGCAACGAGGAGGAAGAGAAUGAUGAAGCUGUUCAGGUGGCUGGUAUCAAACAGCAAAUUAGAAAUGUAAAGCAAGAUUCUUUAGCAAGCACGAGAGCAGCGCUUCAAAAACUGAAUGAAACAGAAGCAACAGCUUCCACAACAAUGAACAUGCUUGGUCAACAAUCCUCCCAAAUUGCCAAUGUGAAUCGUCAUUUAGAUCUCUCGAAGGCUUAUUCUGAUAGAGCGGCAAACCAAGCUGAUGAAUUGAAACAACUGAACCGAUCUAUCUUUAUACCCGUUGUAUCAAAUCCUUUUAGAAAGAAAGAAAAACAGAGAAGAGAGCUGGAAGCUAAACAAAGAGAUUAUGCUGAGCAUAUGGCGGAAAGAGACCAAAUUCGUCAGUUUGAAUAUGAGUCCAAUGCAAGAAUACAAGAAACAGCAAGAUUGAAUAACAAUAUGACGAGAGCCGAACGCAGAGGUCGAUCCGAGGCUGAUCGAAGACGGUAUCAAUUUGAAGAGGAUUCUGAAGAUGAUGCCAUUGAGGACGAGAUAGAUAGCAACUUAGAUCUGAUUUCAGGAGCUACAAGCAGAUUGAAGAAUAUGGCUCUUACAAUGAAUACAGAACUGGAUCGCCAAAAUCUGGAAUUGAACAAAACUCUCGGCAAAGUAGAUCCAUUGACUCAGAAGUUAGUAGCAACGACUGAUAAACUGAAUAGAACCAGAUAAUCAUUCUGCACUCAUCCACUGGUGUUUAAUUAGGUUAAAAGUAUAAUCGAGACCGAUUUUAUAAACUGACAUAUAAUAUACUAAGUACUUUUGUAAGGACGAGAGGGUAGUUCAUCCAUAGACGGUCUGUGUUUUGAGAGUAUAUCAAGUGUAGUCGUGGAAUUGAUACAAGUUGUUGCUAUACAUUAUGCAGCAUGUCAUUUAAACUUACUGAAAUUCUUCAGACUAUCUGCUGCUUUGUUCCUAUAAAUGUGACCGACCAUAAUUUUUUUAUCUGAGAAUAUAGUUCAUGCGUUCCUGUGCCUUUCACUGAUAUGAUUCGCUCGUCGCACCCUUUAAGUCAGCUG